ACUUAAUGAACCUUUAAUAUAUUAUUACCCCAAGCUCCGGGAGGGUCUUGUUCCGGAACCACCACCAGCCCGUCUCUAGCAAUGCUGCGUUCAUUGUCCUUGAAACAUUCUCCCCUACUGACAAGGGUUUACUUCAAAGGUCGGACGCUCUCAACUCAGCCUACCUCUUCUUCAUCAUUCGGUUGUCUGCCAACGACACAGUCACCAGUCGUGUCGAAGCUUGCGUUCUUCAAUUCUGUAACUGGUGAUGGUAGCAAGAUACCAACUUACAGAGUCCUUGAUGGGCUUGGUAUUCCAAUAGAAGGCGCCGAAGUGCCCGAGAUCAGUGAACAGUUCGCGCGGCGAUUAUAUGAAAACAUGCAGUUGCUUCCUACGCUGGAUAAUAUACUUAACAAUGUCCAACGCCAAGGCAAAAUAUCCUUCUAUAUGACUUCUUAUGGAGAAGAGGCUGCUGUAGUAGGCUCUGCUGCCGCAUUGGCUGAUGACGACGAAGUAUUAGCACAGUACCGUGAAGUUGGGGUACUCUUGUGGCGUGGCUUCACUCUUGACUGUGUCAUGGCGCAAUGCUUCGGAAACCACGAAGAUACGUCUGGAAAGGGUCGCCAGAUGCCUGUGCAUUUCGGCUCCAAGCAACAUCAUUUCCACACGAUAUCUUCUCCGCUCGCAACUCAAAUCCCACAAGCUGCUGGGGUUGGGUUUGCACUGAAACGUGAUCCAGAGAGACGCUCCAAAAAUGUAGCCUGCGUAUUUUUCGGGGAAGGCGCAGCGUCUGAGGGGGACUUCCAUGCUGGAAUGCUCCUCGCUUCCACGCUGCCUUCACCAACAUUAUUCCUGGCACGAAACAAUGGUUUCGCUAUCAGCACCCCAAGCUCGCAGCAAUUUUAUGGCGAUGCUUUGAGUGCACGAGGCCCAGGUUAUGGUAUCGAUACCGUUCGUGUAGAUGGAAAUGACGUACUCGCGGUAAUGGCCGCUGUCAAGGAGGGCCGAAGGCGGUGCUUGGAAGGUGGUCGGGCAGUCAUGGUCGAGAUAAUGACCUACAGAGUUGGCCAUCACUCGACGUCAGACGACUCGUUCGCCUAUAGGGGGCGCCAGGAAGUCGAGAACAGAAAGAAGAUUGACAACCCCAUCACGCGUUUCCGCCUAUUCAUGGAAUCCCGGGGAUGGUGGAACGAGACAGAGGAAGAAGAGCUUAAGUCCCGUUUGAAACAGAAUGUGCUCACAGCAUUCAAGCGCGCGGAAACUCUUAAGAAGGCCGAUCUGAAGGAGUUGUUCACUGAUGUAUACGCUGAAGAGCCUUGGAAUAUAAGGGAACAGCGGGAGGAGCUGGCGGGACUGCUCAAGAAAUAUGGACAAGUAUGGGAGCCAUGGCGAAAUGAGCUCAAGAACUUCAAGGACGAAGGGAAGAAAUUGUUGGAUUGACGAUCGACACUCCUCGAUACCCAUUGUAUUGCUAACAUUUGAUCAAUCACGAUGCACGAGUAUUCCAAGGUUAGUAUAUACGGACCGGCAGACAGAAAUAUUCUGGUUGUACUCUGGAGCAAAUGCUGAUAUGGUUGGGCCUGAGAUAAAGAUUUCGAACGUCCA